CGAAACUUUCUUUACUUUUAAAUUGUUUAGCAUUAUCCCCAAGUAAUGUUCAUGAAUCAUGUAACCCAUGAUAUCUAUAAAAUCCCUUUGUUCUUGUUACUCCUAACUAUUCAUCACCACUUUGAAAAUUCUUUGUGGCUUUAUUUCAACAAAUUCCUAUACAUCUUCACAGCACAUGCAUCUAAGUUUGCUCCCUUCAAUCAAGAAAUUAAAUCCUCUAGCCAAUAUGGGUCCUUUACAUGAUCCAUUUCUCAUUUCUUCAGAUUCAAGCAAUCUAUACAAUCACGUCCUUAAAGUUCAUCAAGGAGGAAAAAGGAAGCGAUCAUCAUGCAGAAAACCAAUGUCUAAGACAAGGGUUUUUCGAAUGAAGAAGAGGCGGGCGAAUCUCGAUCGUCAGAUCCGAAGAAGAUCAUCAUCAGAUGUUUCGGGCAAUGACAUCAUUGAAAGGAAAGUAAGAACACUCAAGAAAUUAAUUCCAAAUGGCGAAUCGAAGGAAAUCGACGUGCUUUUCCUUGAUGCUGCUGAGUAUAUUUUGGCCUUAAAGAUGAGAGUAAAAGCCAUGGAAAUCAUGGUAAAUGUAUUAUCUUCAGCUGUUGGUUCUUCAAAUGAGUCAUCAUGAAGAAUUGAUUUGAUUUGAGUUGAGGAAGAUUGGAAGGUUGGUGUGUGUGUAACGAAGAAGUAUUAUUCUUUGAUAGUUUGAUUAUUUGUCAUUAUUCUUUACAAUUUUAUUUAUUUUUAUUAGAAAUUAUUGGUUUAUGAUUUGAUUGUGUGCUUGAAAAUUUGCAACCGAGCAGCUGGUUUUAGAAUGCCAGAAUGUGGUCAGGUUGUUCAUUCAUGUUAUACUUUUUUUAGUAGGCUGUAGAGGCUCCAUAUUGACUAGAAAUACACGAG